AUAGGGCGACGGUAUGACGCUCCACACAUAGGGACGAGGAACAAAGCGAAGCCCGGUUUACCCACCAAUCAGUGAGUUGGCAACCCAGCGUCGGUGUGAUCCCUUUCCUGGCCAACUAGACUGACUUCACAGCUCCAGGCGCGCUUCGAUCCGCUAGGAACACCAGCAACCGACGAGAUGGCCUCGCCGGUGAGCGCCGACUCCCAUCAGGUACUGGUGGAAGCAAAUGGCUCUACACGGACAUUGAUCUUGAACAGGCCAAGGCAGUUGAAUGCCCUCUCCUCUGCAAUGGUUACAGAACUCAUGAAGUGUUUCACUUCUUACGAGGAAGACAAUGCAGUUAAACUGUUGAUUGUGAAGGGGAAUGGAAGGGCAUUUUGUGCUGGAGGUGAUGUCGUUGAAGUUGCCCAGUCUAUAAAUAAGGGUGGCUGGAAAUAUGGUGCUGAUUUUUUCCGUACUGAAUAUUUGUUAAACUAUAUCAUUGCAACUUAUAGAAAACCACAGGUUUCUCUGCUUACUGGAAUCGUCAUGGGCGGGGGUGCUGGUCUUUCUAUACACGGAAGGUUUCGGGUUGCCACAGAGAACACGGUUUUUGCAAUGCCAGAUACAUUAUUGGGACUCUUUCCAGACACAGGGGCUUCUUAUUUUCUUUCUAGACUACCUGGGUUCUAUGGAGAAUAUGUUGGUCUUACUGGUGCAAGAUUGGAUGGUACGGAAAUGGUUGCAUGUGGCCUAGCAACUCAUUUUGUCCAUUUGAAUUACAUUUUUUUCCAGAGGAUGUCGUUGCUUGAAGAAUCACUUAAAAGGGUGGACACUUCUGAUCCGUUUUCUAUAUGUGGAAUUAUCGAUCAAUUUUCACAUCAGCCAUCCCUGAAAGGAAGUAGUGCUCUGAAUAGGCUGGAAAUCGUCAACAAAUGCUUCUCCAAAAGAACAGUGGAAGAAAUCAUAUCCGCUCUUGAACAAGAAGUUCCAAGUCUGGCUGAUGAGUGGGUUACUGUCGCAGUUCAAUCAUUGCGGAAGGCUUCUCCCACUAGUCUGAAAAUCUCUCUCGCAUCGAUAAGAGAAGGGAGACUGCAAACUGUCGGCCAAUGCUUGCGUCAAGAAUACAGAAUGAUUUGCCAUGUGAUACGUGGUGACUUCAGCAGAGACGGCUUUGAGGGAGGCAGGGCUAUACUGAUAGAUAAAGAUCGAAACCCAAAGUGGAUGCCACCAAGUCUUGGUCAAGUGCACGAUGGGGUCGUUAAAAAGUAUUUCUCCAAGGUUGAUGAUCCACUUUGGAAAGAUUUGAGCCUGCCCGCUAGACUUUCCCACGGAAGAAGAAUUGUUCCCAGGCUUUGAUUGAAGUGAUGAAGUCUCGUGUGGAUGUGGAGGCUUCAGAUGCAAGGUGCACAGUUGUCGGAGUAAACAUGUAUCCAUGGAGAUAGCUGAUGAAAUAAAUCAAAGGAAAAUGCUUGAAAUCGGGCGACCGAUUGGAGGCAGGCGAUCGGUCGCCGCGACGCAGCGCGCAACCUUCUUUUCCCGAGCGGUCGCUAGCCUCGGCCGACCCGCGCCUGAUACCUUUCUCGUGUCUGUCCUGUUGUCUUUCUCCCGCAUGUCCCUGAUGCCUUUCUCUCGCACGUCGGCAUGUUUCCUGCACACCUAGGCCUAGUCUAUCACCUAGAGUCAUACACAGCCUGAGAGGUGGCGUGUGAACUAGUAUUACUUUGUCUCGUGUGAACAUAAUCACCUCACAAGUUAAUUGCGAGGCUCAUUUAGUAGAUCACGUUUAAUAUGUUUUCUUGCACGGUAGUAUGGUUAAGAAUAUAUUUUUAUUGUACAUGGCGAGAUCUAGCUGCCAUGGACCAUGUUAUAAAUAAAAUGUUUUCUUAAUUUUA